AUGGGCCGCCUGCAUGGCCACGCUGCCCAAUGUCCUCGUGCUGAUAAGGUAUCUCAGAGCGCAAGCGUCGUUGCGGAGAACUGUAUCGUGCGCGGAUUCGAGUGCCCGUACCUAUCGGAGAACUCGCAACUGAUCAACCUGCGGUUCAAGAUCUCUCUUGCGAAUGGCUACCGGCUACCUGUAAAGAAGCAGAAUCGGAGGCACUUCAUCUCCGUUUCGGCCGAGGAUGUGGCCUUAUUAUCAUCUGAGCACAACCAAGAAAUUGUACCCGCAGACAAAGAUAAUACACGCACCAAGAAAGUAAAUGGCCACGCACUUAGCCCUGUCAGACUAGAGGGAUCGGUCUUUGCAUCUCCUUUAGUCGAUUGCAGUGCCCUUGAGCAGCAGCUCUUCCAAUAUUACCUGCAGGUAAUCAGCAGAGUGAGAGUCUUUCGUGAUGAUUCGAGGAACAAGUUUCGUUCUCUGGUCGUCCCCUUUUGCUGCGGACGGAGACCGUUGCUGUACGCGGUUCUGUCCGUCAGCGCCAAUGACCGUCGCGCCGAGACAGUACCGACACACAUAAACUACGAACAGCUAGCGCUUUCGUACAAAUCCUUGGCCUUGCAGUCACUUAGAAAAGCUCUUUCGGAUGUUAGUAACGCAAGCGAGGCCCUCAUGACCUGUCUCAUUCUAUGCACACUGGAAAUUGCCUCAGGCUGCCAACCGGAUUGGGUGCGCCAUGCUAAGGGCGCCUUUGCCAUUAUAAACAGCUGCUCUAGCUUGAUUGAUCCCGAGGUUUUGUUUUUCGCUCGGAGCUACUUCCAGUCUCGUACUGUCUUCUUCCGCACUACGGGCUGCCAUGAUGAUCUGCUUGACAAGGAUGCCGAACGUCUGCUUGAGUCCCAGACUGGAAUCGACCAUGGCAUGGACUUUUUCUCGCAAUGCACAACCCUAGGAUUGAGUUACACAGACGAGCGGACGGAAAUACAGCCCCAUUUUGGUUGUUCCCUCAGCUUGCUCGACAUCAUCGCACGGGCAACCGACUUGGUCGGCCAGAAACAGAAGCUUCGUCGCAACGGCUGCAACUCCUUCUUUUCCGAAGGGGAAAUGAUGCAGCGGGCCAUGUCCCUACGAAGCGAGCUGGACCUGUUGCCUAAAGAACAUUCCCCAGAUAGCGACUAUCUAACAACUUGCGGAGAGUGUUUUCGCAUGGCUGCCGACCUAUACUUGCAGCUGGCGUGCGACAUCCCCUUAACCCAGCCCGCCCUCCAGACACUGCUAGCUAAACUCCUGGACCACAUUGGCAAAGUCAUCCGGGAGGAUCAGGAGCGGCAACUCUUCCCGAUGUGGCCACUGUUCCUGGCAGGGUGUCUGUCUACCACCGACGAGGAUCGGGUACGCGUUCUCAACUACUUCACUUACCUCGCCCACGCAUGGCCAGUCAGCAACAUCCCCAUCGUGCGCGAAGCCACGGAGACAGUUUGGAAGUUUCGAGACUUGAACCCUCAUGAGUGUGGAAGUGGGUUCGAUUGGCAAAUGAUAAUCAGCCGGAUGAACUGGAAAUUGGCAUUGUCGUAG